CAGAAGCCAUUGAAGAAACACUGAGCAUGGAGGCGCUCGCUGAGGGGUUCUCAAUCGAACACCGUAGCUCACGCAGAAGCACGAUGAAGCGCAAUACCAUCAGUAGGCGGUCUGCUGUCGCGGCAGCCGUACCUCCGAGACCGAUGCCCGCCUCGGUUGCCUAUAACAGCGACAAUGAGAGCAAGUACGACGAAAACCCAGACGACAGCAGCCUGUCGGAAAAACCGUCUGAAGUUAGCAGCACAGACUCACAGGGUGACGAUGACGAAGAUGAGCUUUACUACCAAUCGGGCGCGCGCAGCAUGGUGGGACACUACACCAACGUCAAUGACGUGUGUAGGCAGUCGUGGAAGCGCCAGAGGCCGACGCCCUCGCGCCAGGUGCCCUCGGGGCCGGUCAGGACGGCCGCCACUGCGGGCCCCGUGCCGGGCGCGAUUGGAGGAGGCGGGCUGAGAAAUUACGCUAGCCAUACCGACUCCGAGCAGGAGGGUUCAGCGGUGAUGUCGCUAAAUGGAGCGGAAGUGGUCGUGAACAAUCGAGCCGGCAGUCGAGCCCCUCUCGGCUCUGGCGCCAACGGCUUCUCCAGCUUUGUGUAGCACAUGCCGCCCGUAGUGAGGAAGGACAUGCGGAAGGCCCUGGUGACUGGAAGGCUGGGACGGAUGGAAGGCCCGGCUGAAGAGAUUGUCCCUUGAACUCUGGUAGUAGGAGACGAGGUAGGACGUGAGACAGGGCGUCAAGAAGGCAGGAUCGCAGUGAUGGUGGUGAUGUGGAUGAUGAUGCUGUCAGUAAUGGUGGAGUUGAUUGGUUGUUCAGCAACACCUACAGCAACGCUUACGACAAUCUCUACAGCAUCAUCAUACGUCACUACCAGCCAGUAGGGUCCUAGCUACAACUGCCCUGUCUACAACCAACCUGCCAGCCGUCUCGCCCUCUUCCCCAGUACCGUCCCGUCAGAGGCCUUCCGUCUUACUCACACACACGCAUACAAACGUGCGUGCCCUCCUGUGAUACACACUGCCCCGUCCUGCCCGCCAGAGUCUCGCUUGUAGUAGAGUUUGUGUCUUGUCUGGCGUGUCUGCUUGUCUGCUGGCUGUCUGACUCACCCGUGAGUGUCUGCGUUGGCGGCCGUCUGCGUUCUGCGUAGUAAUGCGUGCGUAACGACGUCUGCGUCGCGUUGCGAUGCCUGCGUAUGUCCGACAAUAUGCCGAUAUCUGCCCUGUCGGGACAUCGCGGGGGCGGCAAGCGGCAGCCAGCCCAUCUGUAGUACGCCGCUGAGUGCUGCCUGCCGACUGACUGAAGAACUAGCUGAAGGGUUGUUUGCGACUGUGCGAGCCCGCAGAAGUGUUUGUAUAGUUCCUUUGGACGUGGGCGCCCGCUGUGGCUUGAAGGGAUAGGGGAAGGAUGAUGGGCAAGCCCGACUUUAGAGCGGCUUUAGAAACUACCAGAGACCGUUUUGUACGUCGGAGGAGGGGAGAAUCAUUGAAAGACUGCGUGGGUUUGAAAGAGACAUGUGAAUGUAGCGUCUGCGCAUUUGGUCAGCCCCCGCUGUUGUAUGUAUGUAGUGGUGUAUCUAUUCGUGUCUCAAUCUGUAUCGAUCAUGAAAAGCUGCGAUUGGUUUGAACACCGCUAAUGAUAGAACUCAUUAAAGACAGACACGGGCAUUGCAGCUUGACUCGAACAAUUUCCUCGCGUUCGCAUUUGUGUGUUUUUGUUUGUGUGUCUGUGUACUUUUGACGAUGUCGUUUCACAACUAGCGGCAGUAGCGAAUCUCUCGAACUCGGUCUGAUUAGUCUGUGAACCAGGCCACUGUUCUCUGUCCCAAGUGUGUUUACUCGCGACGUCCCAGCCAAUCACGCGUCUUUGUGGUCGAUUCUCGCCACUAAUUUUUGACACACUGGGGGGGAGGGAGGGAGAGAGAGAGAGAGAGAGAGAGAGAGAGAGAGAGAGAGAGAGAGAGAGAAGAGAAGAGAGAGGGGGGGCUGACCACGGAAAGGAUGACCUUCCGUGUUUGGGGGCAGCCGUCUGUUGCCAACUCCGUUGCCAGGCGGCUGUCGGCUGUAGUCUCUCGUCCAGGGAUGUUUGAGACACGGAACACAUACUGUGUUUCCCCGAAGUUGUGGCGCCGUGGAUUGUCGUGUGAGUGAGUCUCUCUCUCUCUCCUCUCUCUCUCUCCUCUCUCUC